AUGGGGCUCACACGUUUAGCUCAGGAUCCCUGGUCCGAGUCGCAUACGGUGCCGACCUUCACGCCUCCUCCAGUGGAGGUGAAAUCUUGUCAUGUGCCCCUGACGGCCGAGCGGGCUGAGGAGCUGGUCAAAUGCCACUUGGAGCGGACAGGGACAGGCCUCCAGCGAAGCCGCGACCCAUCCAACGGCCGCGCGGUGUCAGACGCCGAAACCGUCGCCGAUGCCAGUACCAAUCCCCCCCUGUCCGGCAGCAGCAUCUUCGGCUACUACACGCCGCCGUCCUUGAUGCCUUUCACCAGCUCCAGGCACCUGACAAAGGGCCGCUCGACUGGGGCCCUCCUCCAGACCCGCACCUCCGCCGGCGUGCCGCGGCAACCCAACAGUUUCCUAAACGAGUAUCCGAGUGUCAUGCAGCGCCCUGCCGGGCCUAACACCGCGGCUGUGGUUUCGCCGCCAGGCGCUGAAGCCGGCGGCGGCGGCGACGGAAGCUGCGCGCAUGAGGCAUAUCUGUCCUUGCACAAUAAGGCUGAGCGUGUCAAUGCGCUGCGCGGCAAGCUGACGGGGGGAGAUGGGGAGACGGAGGACGUGGCGGUAGCGGAAGAUGGUGCAGGGGGCGAGGUGGUGACCCGGCGGCCUCCCAGCCAUAGGACGCUGGAGGUGGCACUGGCGGACGCUUGGAUGCGCGAGGUGGAAGCCCGCACGCCGGCAGAGGACGUGGCGAUGAAGGAGGAGGAGGAGUUGGCGGCUCAGCGUGCCGCCGCCGAUGCUGGCGGUUAUGGUGCACCACCCGCUGCGAGUCGGCGGCCGACGAGGCCGGGGAGCGCGGAGGCCCCCUUCAGCCGCCGGCUGAGCUGUCCAGAGAGCUUGAUAAACAUCCCAGGAGGGGACGGCGGCGCCGCCAGUGACGGCGGCGGCAACAGAGCCGACGGGGUUCCGGAGCCGGAGGACGCGUUGGAGCCGCUGGCCAACCACCACAUGUGGAUGUACGGCAGGGGCCGCAUGGAUGGCGGCGGGAUGGGGCUGUUGUACAGUCCGGCUGGCGUGCUGGAGGCGAUUAAGUACGGCGGCGGUUGGCAGCCUCGCACUGCGGUAUCCAUCUUUGGGACCGACCCGUGGGCCACUGGGUCGCCUGGAUCCGGCGGCAUCGUAGAUAAGGGUGCGGCGCCCACCACUCGCAUCGGCAAACUAGUACAGGAGGGCGCAGGCGCGGAUGCCAUCCGUACACUCGCAGCGGUGAUUAUCCAGUCGUACUGCCGUGGCUGGCAGGCGCGACGCCGCUUCGCACGCUGGCGGUCAUUGCAGCGCAGCGAGCAGUCGCGGCGGCUGAAGGAGCUUGCCGCGGCGGAGGCGUUGGCACGUGAGCAGGAGGCCGUACGACGCCGGCUGCGCGCCGCCGCGAAGGAUUGUUUGUUGGCGAUACAGGCGCAACAGGACUAUGAGCGCACUCGCGCGCGGAUGGCGGCGGCGCGUGGCCUAAGCGGCGGCGCAGCGGCGGCUGCAGCGCCGCCGCCACCGGCCAUCCCAACGGCGCUGUGGGAGCGCUGCAAAGCGCUCGGUCACGACCCUAUCGAGGUUUUGUUGGAGUCGGGAUUACAGAGCCACCAGAUUGAGGAGAUUAUUUCGGCGUCACAGCUGGCGUCGCAGCUGCCGCGGCGCGCGGCGGCGGCGGCGGCGCGCUUUGGCAUCCCGUUGCCACCCGUACCGGAGGGCAGCAGGCGGCCGCUGCUGCCUUCGCAACGGUCGAUGGGGUCGGCGGCUAUGGCGGCGGUGUCGAAGCCGCCGUACAUGAGCACCUCCCAGCUUGUGGAGCAGCUACUUGCACAGCAGCAGCAGCAGGCCACGCAGCUACAGCCGCAGCAGCUGUCGUACAACCAGUAUGCAAGGCCGGGAUCCGGCAGUCCGGCAGCGGCAGUAACUACUGCCCGGCGCACUAGCGGGCCGGGCGCGCUUUACGGCUCUAGUGUCGUGCCGCCCCAGCCGCCGGGGCUGCCGCUUCGGCGGCAGGCCUCACCGUCCCGUGGGUCACUGGAAAUUAGCGUCGGCCAGCGUCAGGGCGCGUAUGCGGCCACCGGCUUUGCACCGUUGUCUAGUCGGAUGUUGUCGUCGGCGGUGCCGCCAGUGGCCGCUGUAGCUGGCGGAGGCGCGCUGUCUUCGCCGGGGGGUGGCGACGAUAUCGGCGGUGAUGUUAUACCCGGCGAAGGCGGCGGCGGCGAUGUCGACACCUGGGGUGCCGUUGACGGAGGUGACGGAGGUGACGGCGCGGGGUUUCAGGUCCCGUUGACGGCGGCGGCCUCUGCGCCGGUUUCUUCACUAUCGGCGGCGCCAGCUCAACAGCAGCAACUGCCGCUGCAGUACCUGCCGUACCACCUGCAGCAGCAACUGCUGGCGAGCGCCCUGAGCUCCCCCGUCACGAGCUCCUCCGGACCGCAGUCAAGCCUCGGCCCCUCCACCGAGGGCAGUCCCGCCCUUCUCCGCCGCCAUUCCUUCAUCGAACACGCCGGCGGCAACGGCGGCAGCGGCGGCAACGGCGGCAACGGCAGCGGCGGCGGCGCUAUUCCAACCUACCUGCCGCCGUUGCUGCCGAGCCAAGGCAGCGGCUCCGCUGGCGGCAGCCCCGUAACCCCCCAAUCCUCCCAGCAGCCUUCACUCGUUGACGGCAACGGCCGCGGCGGCGACUGGUUUCGGAGGCGCUCCGGCUGCGGAGUUGCCUUUGGCCCGGAUCCCACGCAGCAGGAGCAAUUUGGGACCUCGUGCGUUGUCGCCUACGUCGGUGGCGGCGGCGGCGGCGGUGCCGCCGCCGCCGCUUGGGCCGCCGCCAGCAGCUGCCUCCCCGAAGAGCUUCCGCCGGCUGCACUCGUUGAACCAGCGGCGGUGGGCAUGAAGGCGGUUGUAGAGGCUGGAGCCACCUGGAGUAGGCGCGGCCGCCGCGAGCAGGUGCCGCUGGCGGGUCGAGCUAUGUCAGGCAAAUCAGGCAGGCAAAUCGUCGGCAUCCGGGACUGUCACCGCCGCAUGUGGCCUCCACCGCCAGCUGCGACCAUGUCGCUGGCUGGCCGGCGACGUCCUCCCCACCGACUCUGCCCGGGGGCCCCCGGCAUGCCGUGCAUCCAUGCACCCAUGCGCAUGAGCUUCCUCACCCUCUAA